AUGGAAUACGAGGACGUUUUGACUAAUCAACCUGUUGUGAUCGAUAAUGGCUCUGGGGUGAUUAAAGCUGAUUUCGCUGGUGCUGUAGAAGGUAAUGUUUUUAUUGAACGUAAAGCUCAAGAAUUACGAGGACUUAUCAAAAUAAAGUAUCCGAUUGAACAUGGAAUCGUAUCUAUAUGGAAAUAUAUUUAUGAGGAAGAAUUAAAAACUGCUCCAGAAGAACAUCCAGUCCUUUUGACUGAAGCUCCAUUUAAUUCAAGAAACAAUAAGAUUCUGCUGCACAAAUGUUUUUUGAACGUUCAAUUCACCAGCUCUGUAAGUCGAACAACUGGUAUAGUCCUUGAUUCCGGUGUAACUCAUGCUGUACCAGUGUAUGAAGAAUUUUCUUUGCCUCAUGCUAUUCGCAGAAUUGAUAUUGCAGGCCGAUCUGGUUAUAAUUUCCAUACCACUGCAGAAAAAGAAGUUGUACGUACUAUAAAAGAAAAGACUUGUUAUGUUGCAAUAAAUCCGAAUAAAGAAGAAAAAGAUACCAAUAGAGAAUUUAGUGAUUAUGUAUUACCUGAUGGUAGUGUUGUUAAGUUGAAAACUGAAAGAUUUAAAGCGCCAGAAAUCUUAUUCAAACCGGAAUUGAUUGGAGAAGAGUAUGCAGGCGUUCACAAGUUGAUUGUUGAUUCAAUUAAUAGAGUAUAUUUAGAUUUAAGAAAAUCUUUAUUUGCAAAUGUUGUGUUAUCUGGCGAAUCAACACUUUACAAGGAUUUUGGUACAAGAUUGCUGAAUGAGGUGAGGAAAUUGGCCGUCAAAGAUAUUAAAAUUAAGAUUUAUGCACCACAAGAAAGAAAAUAUAGUACAUGGAUAGAUGAUGGAUCUAUAUUAGCAGCUCUAACUGAAGAAAAUCCACAACAUUAA